AUGGAAGACCUGCCCGACUUGCCGAAACGAGGGCCUGCAUACUGGACAGAGCCCUUCAUGGGUGUUUGUGUGGUGGGCGUGCUCAGCACCAUUCUCAUCGCUUUGACUUAUGGUGCAACAACGGGCGCCGGCGAGGAGGUCUCCAGCCUUGGUCAGGUGGCCCUGGCCCUCAUCUGGGCCGAGGCCGGCGUCGCAGCCCUCAGUACGUUAUUCCUGCUCUUCGGCAACGCUGGUGAACUUAGCCGGUCUCCGGAAACGCGCACUCAUUUCACUCUGACUCUGGAUGCGCUCGGGUCGCCAACGCCGCGGACUGACCUUGUGAGCGAGCUUCAACAGUUUGGGCAGACGCAGUUUUUGUGGAACAACAGGACGUGCUGGGGCACCGACUUGCACGUCCAUGUUCUUGAAAAUGAGGAAGCAGCAGUCAUCCAGGAUCUGGAAGCCGGGGCAGGCCCGAGCGACCGAUUCGCGUACGCUACAAGUUAUGCUGGAAGGAGACAAGUUUGCACAGGAUGCCCAGUACACUUGGCGGCAAGCCGCGGACAUGUUUCUAUGGUGCAGCUACUUCUUGACAGAGGAUGCGACAUACAGUCCAUGACCCAGCAGGAUUGUAGAGACAGCUACGACAUCAUUCAGGCAGCAGUCUUCAAGGAGGGCCGUGGCGGUUCCAGCGACAUCAUUGACUUUCUUGCAGCCGGGGGGCAAACAUCUGCAGCGUAA